AUGCUGAAAUUUGUCUGUGUCCUUGCCUGCGUGGCCGUGGCCGUAUCCGCCUACCGUGUCCACAUUCCCCAGCACCACGAGGAGCACCACCAGGAAGAGGAACACCACCUGGCACCGGUGGAACAUCACAAGAUCGAACAUCACCACGAGCCGGAACACAAGCAUCACCAUGCGAUCGAGGUGCCGCACGAUUACUUUGCCCACGCCAAGUACAAGUUCGACUACGGAGUUCAGGACCCCCACACCGGGGACCACAAGAGCCACUGGGAGGAACGCGACGGGGACGUCGUCAAGGGAGCGUACACGCUGUUCGACUCGGAUGGAAGCACCCGGAUUGUCGAGUACACCGCGGAUCCCGUGCACGGAUUCAAGGCGGUUGUGAAGAGGAUCCAGCACGAGCCGCUGAAGACGCACCACCAUGAGCACCAUGAGGAAGUGAAGCAGCAUCAGCAGCAGCAUCAUCACUACGAGCAUGAUGAUGAGUAGCUCGGGCAGUUCCUAAUACAACGAAAGCUCUCAUGGGAAAUCAAUCUCGCCACACAAGACUUGA